UUAAAAUUUGUUAAAAAUACAUCAUUUUACCUUGGCACGUCACCGUUCUCACACCACAUAACAAUGGCGUUGGAAGACUGGUAUUUCAGAAUAUCUAUGUUAGUGUUUUUAUUUAUUGCAAAGAAAAUAUGGAACGUUAUUUAUACUUUCUGGUUAGGACCAUAUGGUAUUAAAGUCGAUGUAAGAUCCUAUGGACAAUGGGCAAUGGUAACUGGCAGUACUGAUGGAAUUGGAAAGGAAUAUGCGAGACAGUUGGCGGCACGGGGCUGUGACAUAAUUCUUGUCAGUCGAUCAUUGGACAAAUUGAAAAAUGUUGCAAGUGAAAUAGAAAAAGAGUUUAAAGUUCAGACAAAAGUAAUCGCGAUAGACUUCACACACGACGAGAGUAUCUAUGAUAAACUGGAAAAGGAAAUACAAGGCCUUGAAAUUGGCACCCUGGUGAAUAAUGUGGGUUUGGCGUACCCAUACCUGGAAUAUUUCCUGGAUCUUCCCGAAUGGAAAAAGCUUAUGAGAAACCUGAUCAACGUUAAUAUUGUAUCGAUGAUUCGUGUAACAGGUCUAGUUUUACCAGACAUGGUGAAGAGAGGUAAAGGCAUCAUCAUAAACCUGGGAUCAGCAUCUUAUGAGGUGCAGUCACCACUUCUCGUAGUGUAUUCGGCUACUAAGGCUUUCGUUGUAAAGUUCUCAGAUGGAUUGAGAUACGAGUAUGCAUCAAAAGGCAUUAUAGUGCAAUGUUUAUCACCAAGUCUCAUUGCCACCAAUAUGACAGGACUAAGUAGCAGCAUCAUAACCCCAUCUCCAGAGACGUACGUUAAAUCUGCACUCAGUAUGCUUGGAUCAGUCCAUCGAAGUUCUGGAUACUUCCCCCAUUCAUUUUUGCUCCGUUUUUAUAACUUAGUCGAAUAUUUAUCAGAAGAUUUCGGCGCAUGGGCAUGUCGCCGUAUUUCUGAAGUCGGUCAAAUUUUAAUGCUCAAACGGCAAGGGAUUAAGAAGCAAUUGUAAUUCAACUUUCACUUGUUUAUUAAUUAAUAUAUUUUAUUAUUUAAUUUUUUAAU